AUGGGCCCAAAGACAAAACGUUUAUGGCAGCCUGGGAAGCACAACGUCGUGUGUUCCUCCCACUUUAAAGACACAGAUUACAAGAUCACACUAUCAGGUGAAUGUCCAAGACUGAAGAAGGGAGCAGUGCCUUCCAUUUUCCCUUUUGCCCUUUCAUUAACAAAUGAUGAGAGUCCAAGGUGUCAGAGGAAAAGGAAACGAGAAGAAGCUUCAAAUGAGCACCACGAUUGUACGGAUGUUCUGAAUACGAUAGAAGUGGUCGAUACCCCUGAGAUUCAAUCCUCUUCUACAACUGAGGCAAUCGAUGAAGGUCAUGUUUUUUUCAAUUGUCUUGGACCUUGUGUUUUUGAGCUUUUUCGACACACAACUCUUAUGGAUCCUAAAGAUCAGCUUUUUAUGGUUCUGAUGAAGCUCCGACAGGCCAAAGAAGAUAUUGAGUUAGCUCUUUUUUUCGGCAUUUCUGAGUCCUCCAUAUCUCGUAUCUUCAACACAUGGCUAAAUUUUAUAUAUUUUCAACUUAAAGAAUUAUGCAUAUGGCCAUCAAGAGAUGUGAUUCAACAGUUCAUGCCUUCUGAUUUUGGAAAGAAAUUUCCUAACACGCGAGUCAUUCUUGAUGCUACAGAACUUCCGAUUAACAAGCCAUCAAAUGUGAAUGCCCAGAGUAUAACAUGGUCUGCAUACAAACAUAAAAAUACAUUGAAAACCAUGAUAGGUUGUACUCCAAGAGGUGCGGUAAGUUUCAUAUCCAAAGCAUAUGGAGGAUCAGCAAGUGAUCGACAGAUAAUUGAAAAUUCUGACCUUCUGAAUCCAGACCUGAAAAUGUUUGAAAAGGGAGAUAGUAUUAUGGCUGAUCGUGGCAUAAUGGUGCAAGACCUGUUUGCUUCCCAAGACGUGUACGUUAACACCCCAACAAUGUUGAAAGGGAAGUCACAACUGGAUCCUGAGGAAGUUAUCCGUGAUAGACGAGUGGCAUCAAAGCGAAUUCACAUUGAGCGUGUUACAGGGCUAAGCAAGGGCUUCAAAAUAUUGAGGCACCCUCUACCUCAAAGCAAAUUGCACCUUGGUUCUAGAAUUGUUUAUGUUUGCUUUGCAAUAUCCAAUUUCAGGAAAUCAAUUGUUGAUAAAAAUGCUUAA